AGAAGGUCCGCCAAAAGGGGCUAUAUAUACCCAUCCAAAUUAACGAACUAUGUAUCCCAUCUCCCACACGAUCAACUAUAUAGAUAAUAGAUGGAGUCGCUACAGAUAGAUGAGCCGUUGACGCCUGCCGGCCGGAUGUUUCUCCAACCGGAGAUGAGCCAAAUUAUACACGCAGUCGCCGGCGUCAAGAAUCCGUUCGACGUAGACGCCGUUAAAGCGGCUUUCGCGGACUCUCUGCUGGUCAAACACCCAAGAUUCAGCAGCCUCAUGGUCAAAGAUUCCAACGGCCGCGAAAGCUGGCGGAGAACCGAAGUCAACAUCGACGACCACUUCGUCAUCCUCCCGGAGCCUCUCACCGCCGACCGCUCCGUGUCGGACGAGGACGCCGUCAACGAUUACGUCGCCGACCUCGCCGUCUCGACGCCGCUCCCCUCCGACAAACCGCUGUGGGAAUUCCAUCUCCUUCUCGCCCAUAAAUGCGCCGUUCUCAGAAUCCACCACGCCCUCGGCGAUGGGAUUUCGAUCGUGUCCUUGUUCCUUUCUUGCUGCCGGAAAACCAGCGAUCCCAGCCAGCCGGCGUCAGUGGGUGACGUCGGAGUGGGGCGGCGGCGGAGGUGGGGCCUCAGGGAGUUGGCAUUGGUGGUCUGCUACACGGUGGUAUACGUGUUGGAGUUUAUACUGAGAAGUCUGUGGCUGAAGGAUAAGAAGACGGUUCUGACCGGCGGCGCUGGGGUGGAGCUCUGGCCGCGGAAGUUGGCCACCGCCAAGUUCACCAUUAACGACAUGAAAACAGUUAAGAAAGCGGUUGCUGACGCGACCAUCAAUGAUGUACUUUUCGGAGUGAUUGCAUGUGGGCUAUCAAGGUACCUUGCCAUCCGACCCUCCAAAGAAUUGAAGGAUGGCCUCCAGAUCACUGGUCUUGCAAUGGUAAAUUUACGACCACAACCCGGACUUCAGGAUAUGACGAAGCUGAUGAAUAGUGGUAAAUCGAGCACCGGGUGGGGCAACAAAUUUGGGUUUGUACUCUUGCCUGUAUACUACUUUCAUAAGGCUUCAAAUGAUUCUCUCCAGUUUGUCAAGAGAGCCAAAUCUAUGAUUGACAAGAAAAAACUAUCCUUAGAAGCCCUUUGCUCCUACAAAAUAGGGGAUUUUGUCAUGUCAUUCCUCGGUGUUAAGCUGGCGAGCAUGCUCAACUAUCGGAUCUUAUGUAACACAACAUUCCUAAUUACAAAUGUGAUUGGCCCACAAGAGCAGAUCUCCAUUGCAGGCAACCCAAUCAUGUACAUAAGAUCAUGCACAUCAAGCUUGCCUCAUGCGAUCGCAAUAUAUAUGGUGAGCUAUGAUGGCAAGGCAUACCUCCAAAUUUUAGUUGCCAAAGACAUCAUCCCCGACCCCAAGGUUCUAGCCAGAUGUUUUGAAGAUGCUUUGAUGGCAAUGAAAAAACAAGCUGAGAUGAACAAUCCACACCACAUCGAUCCAUGUGAACAAAAAACAUCGUAGAUGUCAUCGAUCAUCAUCUAAAUCCAUUAGACCACUACGUGCACUUUAAUAAUGUAUUAUCUCAAGACUCAUGUGUAAUUUUCAUAAUUCUGUUUAUCAUAAAUAUAAGGCUAAGACAUCCAAUGUGAAUAAUAUUGUUACCACUCGUUUUGUCGACCGUUGAGGAUUAUUUACCAUGGAGAACUCAGUUUGAAUCCUUCUAAGUAUCCCACAGUCUCUUGGGGAUACUAGAUGGGUCCAUUCAAGUUCCCCCAUCCACCACAACUGAUUAUCAU